CCACACCAGGACCAUCAGGACUGCAGACAGGGUCGGCGCCGACAGCCGAGGAAUCGGCUGACUCCCUGUCAGCCGCUUCUCUCUCUGACGGUGACGAUGCGGGAGCACUGCUGGCGGGCCUUUAUAUCGAUGAAGAGGAGGACGAAUUAAAGGCUCGCCAGAAUGCCGUGCCCUUCGUCGAAUAAAAACACCCCAACACACAUUACACAAAUAAACCUCCACCACAGCGAAGCUGCUACGACACAAUUGCGUAAGCGGGUGGAGGUUCAACACAAUUUCAUCACCCUCAUUCAAGAACCGUGGAUUAGGGCCGGCAAAGUGCAAGGCCUAUCCAACACAAAGGGUAAGCUAUACUAUUAUACACAACACGAACAACCCAGAGCGUGCAUUUUCACGUCUAAAAACAUUCGUGCCCACCUGUUAACAGACUACUGUUCCAGAGACAACUGCGCCAUCAAAGUGACAGAUGAACAAGGGAGGGAGUUCGUAAUAACCUCAACCUACAUGCCGGAGGCCGAGGACCCACCCCCUGCUGAGCUCACAAGGUUAACUCACUAUUGUGAGUCAGAGGGUCUGGAGAUCCUGAUUGGCGCCGAUACAAAUGCCCACCACCAGCUGUGGGGCAUGGAUAGAAGCAACGACAGAGGUAUUACGGACAGCCCCCUAUGCAGAGCGUGCAUGGGUGACGAAGAAACAGCAUCCCACGUGAUACUGCACUGCCCAGCAGUGCAAGAGUACAGGGUAAAGCAUCUCGGAUCGCCGAGAACACUCCCAGAGAUCACCGACAACAUCAAAGGGUUGCUGGGAUUCUUUGGAGAGUUGGGUUGGCUGGAGUGAAUCCAGGUCCUGCUCACACGCAAAAUACGCGCUAGCCGUGGAGUUGCGGAAAACGAGCCCUUACAACUAACUAAC